AUGUAUACAAAUUUUUAUUUUAUUUCUAUUAUACAAUUAUUACUUUUUCAAACAUCUCUAUCGAUUCAUUUUGGACAUGAAGUUGGUAGUUCAUCCAUGGAUUCAACACAUUAUGAUCGACGAAUAUGUUCAUUAAAUAAUGAAAAAAAAGAAUUAAAUCGUGCAAGUUUCUGGGCAACUAUUCGUUCAUCACCAUUUACAAUGAAUAAUACGAAUCAAAGUAAUUUAAUACCAUUUCGUCGACAAUUAAUUAUUAAUAAUGGAGAAGAUCGACUUGUAACAAGAUCUUCUCCUUCUUUAUCGACUUUAAAUACAACUAAUAUUAAUAAUUCGAUUCCAUUGGGUAUUGACCAAGCUUCAGUCGAUAUUAUUGUUAAUAAUCAAAUUUCAGACAACUUAACAGUAUAUGUACUUGUUAAUGAAUGUCUUGAUUGUCCUUAUGAGAUUAUUGCGCAAGAUUUAUCAUCUACUCAAGUACUUAAUCUUACGCUGAAUACGAAAUAUACAUAUCAAAUUCGUAUUGAAUUAAAUAAUGUAUCAUCAUGUGUUGAAAAUCUUAUUCUUUAUGAACAUGGUGAAUAUAUUUUAAAUGUUCAAACAUCAAAUACACCAUCAAUAAAUUCAAGUUCAGAUUCUGGUCUUAAAUGUCUUUUAACAACACGUCGUUUAGCAGAUAAUGUUUAUACACCAUUGAUUUUUGGUGGAGUUAUUUUAAUAGCUAUAUUUAUUUUUUGUAUAUUUGCACAACGAAUGAAAUUACGAGAAUAUUUAUUAAAUUUAAAAAAUCGUUGUUUUAAUCAUGUACCACCACAAGAAUCAACACAUUCAUAUGAUUUACAAGCAUGUCCACCAGUUACAACACUUUGUCAAUCUGGUAUUGAUACAAUAAAUACAACAGAAUGUAAUUCAAAUGUUUCAAAAAUCUUACCAAUGAAUAAAGUAUCACAAAUUAUUGUACCAAGAUCAAAACGUUUACUUAGUCUUGAUGCAUUUCGUGGUUUUGCUUUAAUUGCAAUGAUAUUUGUUAAUUAUGGUGGUGGUGGUUAUGCACAAUUUGAACAUUCAUCAUGGCAUGGAAUAACAUUUGCUGAUACUGUUUUUCCAAUAUUUGUCUGGAUAUUAGGAGCAUCAUUAGUAUUUUCAUUAAAAAAUGCUUUUGAUAAAGGUGUAUCAAAACGAACAUUACUUAUGAAAGUUGCUAUGCGUACAUUAAAAUUAUUUAUGAUUGGUUUUAUUCUUAAUACACGAUUUAAAGUUGAUUUAAAUAAUGUUCGAAUACUUGGUGUUUUACAACGUUUUGCUAUUGUUUAUGGUAUUAUUGGUACAAUUGAAGUUCUUUGUACACGACCAAGACAAUAUUCUUUAACAGCAAAUUUAAAUAAUAAUGGAAAACAUACAUCAACAAUAACAACAACAACAGUUAAAACUGGACGAACAAAACGUGUAACAACUGUUUUUCGAGAUAUUUCUAAUUUUCCUCUUCAAUGGUUAUCAAUUAUUGGUUUAACUACCAUUUGGAUACUUGUUGUCUAUUUAGUUCCAUUUGAAAAUUGUCCAGCGGGUUAUCUAGGACCUGGUGGUUUACAUGAAAAUGGUAAAUAUGAAAAUUGUACUGGUGGUAUAACAGGUUAUAUUGAUCGGUUUUUACUUACCGAUAAACAUCUUUAUCAAUAUCCAUCAUGUCAACUUGUUUACGGUUGUAAACCACCAUUUGAUCCUGAAAAUUUACUUGGAGUUAUUCCAACGAUCUUCCUAGCUUAUUUGGGUGUUCAAGCUGGACGAAUACUUGUUAUGUAUCAAUCGGAUCUUGAUAGACUUAUACGUCUUAUAACUUGGAGUAUUUUUACAACAGCAAUUGGUGUUGGACUUACUUCAGGUACACUCGAUGGUGGACCAAUGCCAUUGAAUAAAAAUCUUUGGACAUUAUCAUUUUCAUUUUUUACUGCUGGUUUGGCAUUUUUGGGUUUUUCAAUAAUGUAUAUUAUUAUUGAUAAAUUAAAAUGGUGGAAUGCAACACCAUUUCAAUAUCUUGGAACGAAUUCAAUUCUUAUUUAUAUUGCACACAUUGUUUUUGCUACAUAUUUUCCUAUUCAAUGGGUUGUUGCUAAUACACAUGCAGCAUAUCUUGCUAUGGCAUUAUGGGGUUGUAUUUUUUGGAUUAUAAUUGCAUAUAUCUUCUUUAAAAAACGAAUUUUUCUUGUACUUUAA